AUGGACAUCUAUGUUUACGAACCGAUCGAUCUUGAGCGUCCCGCAUUCCGGCUUCUACAGUUACUACGAGGGAGAGGGUCGACCAUUGAGUGUAUGCUAUACCAAGCCUAUCUCGAUGGUACAGAUACUAUUCCGUACAAUGCUUUAUCGUAUACCUGGGGCGGUACAAAUAAGACAUCGACUGUGACAGUCAACGGGAAGACACUUGAUGUUACUGAAAAUCUGUACUCAGCCCUUCGACAUCUUCGUUCAGAAGAUGUAGAUAGGGUAUUCUGGGUCGAUGCUAUUUGUAUCGAUCAAGACAACGAAAUAGAACGAGGACAUCAAGUUCAACAAAUGUGCAAGAUUUAUUCGCACGCGGAGGAGGUGGUUGUCUGGCUAGGUCAACCCACGGCGGAAACCAAUGUCCUUAUGGACUCUCUUCGACAACUCGAAGAAUACAGUUUGAUGUAUGCGCAUAGACACUGGGACCUGGCACAGUGGGCCAAGUUCUGGCGAUCGGUUCCUCAGAAUCCAUAUUUUGAGCCACGUCAAGGCUUAGACCUGCUCUUGAGCCGACCAUGGUUUCGAAGAGUCUGGAUCUUACAGGAAAUAGCCAAUGUGAAGAAAGCAAGUGUCUGGUGCGGCAUCAAGUCUGUCAAAGCACAUAUCUUCGCCCUUGCUCCGUCGCUCAUAGGAAUCAAGCCAGAACGCCAUUGUCAAGCUGUCUUGGACAUUAUGCCUGGCCACUUGCGGGAAGAGACCUGGUGGUGUGAAAGCAGAGACUUGUACAACCUUUUACUCAAGUUCAGAGAAAGCAAUGCAAGCGACCCACGAGAUAAAAUAUACGCCUUACUGGGUAUAUCUUCAGACGCUUGCGACACCGAUAGCCUACGCCCGACCUAUACGAAAGACCUCCAGACAGUCAUUCGCGACACUUCGUUGUUCUUGUUCGGACGGUCAGAUGUUUCUUAUGAGACAAUGCCAAUGUUUUUAGAGGAUCUUACGUUUCGGAAUUCUCUAUCCUUCUUAGAGCUUGUCCGAAUGUCUGAUGCGAAGGCAGUCCAACAUUUUCUGAUGCGGCGAGGUCUCGAGGUAUCACUAUCAGAGGCUAUGAUCAAAGCUGCUGCCGAAAAUCAGGAAAAUGGGCAAGAUAUCAUGAACUUUCUUAUUCAGAAACGCGGAAGUGAGAUCACAGUCACAGAUAGAAUUAUCAAAGCCGCUGCAAGAAACAAGACAAGUGGAAGAGACAUCAUAAUCUGUCUUUUUCAGACAUGCGAACAUGAAUUCAAACUCACAAAGGAGGCGUUGAAGGUUUUGCAGGACGUUCUCAGUGAGAUAUUUGGGGAGAUGUUCAGAAAUUUGCUGGAAGAAACUGCCGAUGUGGAUAUACGGGAUGAAGACUUGAACAUUGUCCUAUCCAUGAUGUCAAAGGGAGGCCACAUAGAAGACUUUGAGCUGCUACGAAACAGUAUCAUCAAUGCAGGGAAUGAAUUCUACGCUACCGCACUCCACGCAGCUUCAGCUAUAGGCCAUGAGGCAGUAGUGAAGCUACUACUAGAAAGAGGCGCUAAAAUUAACAUAGAGGGUGCCUAUAGAUCUCCACUCCACGCAGCUUCAGCUAGAGGCCACGAGGCAGUAGUAAGGCUACUACUAGAAAGAGGCGCUAAAAUUAAUAUAGAGGGUGCCUAUAGAUCUCUACUCUACGCGGCUUCAGAGAAAGGCCACGAGGCAGUGGUAAAGUUACUACUGGACAAAGUUGCCGACGUUGACGUAGGAGAUGGAUACUAUCAAACCGCACUCCGCGCGGCUUCAGCUGAAGGUCAUGAGGCGGUGGUGGAGCUUCUGCGUAGCAGGAAACAGGAAAAGCCGGUUUGA